GUCACGUUGCCCAAUCAGCUGACAAAAUGAAACGGUCACGAGUUUCAACAUGGCUUUCAGCAGUGUGCGGAUUGUUUUGGUGUGUUCUCUCGCGUUAACUACCCAGAUAACAUGUACUUCACCUGGCACGUUCAGCAUAGACUACAAGAACGACUGCUUCCUCAAAGAUGGAGAGUCAUUUCGCUACAUCUCUGGCAGCAUUCACUACAGCCGCAUUCCCCAGAUAUACUGGAAAGACAGGCUGCUCAAGAUGUACAUGGCUGGGCUGAAUGCCAUCCAGACGUACAUUCCAUGGAACUACCAUGAGCCUGUUCCUGACCAAUACGACUUUAGCGGAGACCGGGACCUGGGAAACUUCCUCCACCUGGCGCAGGAGGUGGGCCUGCUGGUCAUUCUUCGACCAGGACCAUACAUAUGCGCAGAAUGGGACAUGGGAGGUCUUCCUGCCUGGCUUCUCAAAAAGAAAGAUAUAGUACUACGCACCUCUGAUACAGAUUACAUUGCUGCAGUGGAUAAAUGGAUGGGGAAGCUACUCCCAAUGAUCAAACCUUUCCUCUAUCAAAAUGGAGGGCCCAUCAUUACAGUACAGGUGGAAAAUGAGUAUGGCAGCUACUUUGCAUGUGACUACAACUAUCUUCGCCAUCUCACCCAGCUGUUCCGCUCUCACCUGGGGCCGGAAGUGGUGCUGUUCACCACAGAUGGAGCAGGGCUGGGGUACCUGCGAUGUGGGGCCCUGCAGGGCCUCUACGCCACCGUUGACUUUGGACCAGGUGGGAAUGUGUCUGCCUCCUUUGCUGCUCAGAGAUAUGUUGAACCUCAUGGCCCCCUGGUUAAUUCAGAGUUCUACACUGGCUGGCUUGACCACUGGGGGGAACGCCAUUCCACUGUGUCCUCGGCUAUUGUGGCCAAGUCUCUCAAUGAAAUCCUGGCAGUGGGGGCCAAUGUUAAUCUGUACAUGUUUAUUGGAGGAACAAACUUUGGAUACUGGAAUGGAGCCAACUCUCCCUACGCCCCCCAGCCAACCAGCUAUGACUACGACGCCCCUCUCAGUGAGGCGGGCGAUCUCACUGACAAGUACUUCUCCAUCCGUGACGUGAUCAGAAUGUACAAUAAGAUUCCUGAGGGACCACUUCCUCCUUCCACACCAAAAUAUGCUUAUGCAUCGGUGAAAAUGACCAAGCUCCAGACUGUGUCCGAGGCUGUGGACGUUCUGUCUCACUCUGGGCCUGUUAAAAGCACCUUUCCUCUGAGCUUCUCUGAGAUGGACCAGUACUUUGGGUUCAUCCUGUAUCGGACCAAACUUCCUGUGGAUUGCAGCAAGCCUGUGCCCCUGUCCUCCCCCCUCAACGGGGUGCAUGACCGCGCCUAUGUUUCCAUCAAUGGGGUCGCAAGUGGUAUCCUUGAGAGAGAUAAGUCCAUUACCAUUAACAUCACUGGCACGGCGGGGAGUCAGGUUGACAUACUCGUGGAGAACAUGGGACGAGUCAAUUAUGGGAAGGGCAUCAAUGACUUCAAGGGCCUGGUAUCCAACCUGACCCUGGGCUCAGAGGUGCUGAGGAACUGGCUGGUGUAUAGCCUGUCUGUUGAUGAGGCUGUGAGUAAAGGCCUCCUCCGUGCAGGGGCGUCCCAGGUGCCCUCCUCCCAGCUCUCCACUCCAGCCUUCUACACUGGCAGCUUCAGCAUUCCCUCUGGAAUCCCACAGCUUCCUCAGGACACCUACAUCCAGUUUCCUGACUGGGGGAAGGGCCAGUUGUGGAUCAAUGGCUUCAAUUUGGGUCGGUACUGGCCCAGUAGAGGGCCUCAGUUAACCCUGUACGUGCCGGUUCACGUGCUUAGCACCUCCGCGCCGAACAACGUGACGGUCCUGGAGCUGGAGGGUGCGCCCUGUAGCCAGGGAGCCUGUACGGUGGAGUUCACAUGCACCCCCGUCCUGAACGCCAUGGGCACAGAUGGGAGGCCGCUCUUCAACAAGGAGGAUCUGUCCUGAACACAGCUUUGCACAGCUGAAACACCACUGCACAACAGCAGCAACACAGCAUUUUACAGUAUAAACACCACUGCACAACAGCAGCAACACCACCCAGCUUUACACAGCUGAAACACCACUGCACAACAGCGGCAACACCACACAGCAUUUUACAGUAUAAACACCACUGCACAACAGCGGCAACACCACACAGCAUUUUACAGUAUAAACACCACUGCACAACAGCGGCAACACCACACAGCUUUGCACAGCAGAAACACCACUGCACAACAGCAGCAACACCACACAGCAUUUUACAGUAUAAACACCACUGCACAACUGCAGCAACACCACACAGCUUUGCACAGCAGAAACACCACUGCACAACAGCAGCAACACCACACAGCUGAAACACCACUGCACAACAGCAGCAACACAACACAUCAUUUUACAGUAUAAACACCACUGCACAACAGCAGCAACACCACACAGCCUUGCACAGUUGAAACACUACUGCACAACAGCAGCAACACAACACAGCAUUUUACAGUAGAAACACCACUGCACAACAGCAGCAACACCACACAGCCUUCUACAAUAUAAGCACCACUACACAACAGCAGCAACACAACACAGCAUUGCACAGCUGAAACACCACUGCACAACAGCGGCAACACCACACAGCUUUGCACAGCAGAAACACCACUGCACAACAGCAGCAACACCACACAGCAUUGCACAGCAGAAACACCACUGCACAACAGCAGCAACACCACACAGCAUUCUACAAUAUAAGCACCACUACACAACAGUAGCAACACAACCUUCUACAGUAUAACCACUGCUGCACAACAGCAGCAACACAACACAUUAUACAACAGCAAAAAUGGUAAUGUAACUCCACUGCACAAAACAAAAUGACAACAUCUCAACAACAGCACAAGCAUGAUAACGGCAAGAACCGCAUCACAACAGCACUGCAGAACAGCACUGCAAGCCUUUUCCUAAGCAUAGUUCUUCUGCAUCAGUGGUGUCUUUUUUAAUUAUAACUAUGCUUGUGUGUGAGACCAUGCUGUUUCAGGGAAAUGUGUGUGUUGUUCCACUGUGAUUGCUGAAGAUUGAAAUUAACUCAGGGCGUGGCGUGCAAAUGUUUAUGUGUGAAAGCUUAUCUGGUGGAUGGUGGAUUUACGUUCGAAGGGAUUUUGUUUUUUAUUUUGCCAUUCAAUUAAGGAAGUGCCUGUUAAAAUGUCACAUCUGUAUGCACUAUUAUAAUCCACAGAGCUGGAGGAAAGGGUAUUUUGCAUGUGGGGAUGUGAGAGUAAUAGGACUGUGGUCUGGGGUCUCCACGGUCUCAUAUCGGCCUUUAUGGUGUUACAUCAAAUCAGAGUUUUAUUUUUUCUAUAAUUUUUUACUAAUUUGGGGUGUAGCCUAUUGCUUGCUAUGAACAUAAGCAAAUUGUAUGUUUAUUUUGGUGGCAUUUCACAAAUAACAGUGAAAUGGUAAAUUCGGCAUUUAACAGAAUAGAACGCAUUAACAGAUCAGACGUUUCAUGGAUCACGGCCUCAUUAAUGACGUACAUAUAGAAAUCCCUUUCCUAAAAUCAGAAAUCUCCAUCACAUCAGAGUGAAUGUAUUUACUUUUGUGAUGUAUGUAUGUAUGUAUGUAUGUAUGUAUAUCACACCUUAUUUUAACUUUUGCACUUCUAGAGGGUGGUUUUUUACGUGUUUUAAAUUUAUUUGUAUAUCCAUUGUUUGCAUACCAGACACAAUCUUGUCCCGACUUCGUAAGGUGCAGUCUAUACAGAAGAACAGGUCUAUGUUGACCAUUGGCUCAAUCAGAUUUUUCACUAUUGUUUUUUGGGUUUUAUAAACAAUCAAUCCUGUUUGUAAAUAACUACCAUAGUAAUGGUGUAUCCUUUGUAAUGGUGCAUGGGAAUAAUUGAAAUAAAUCAUUUUAUUUUUAUUCAA